AUGACCAACAGCGCUUGGCGGGUGCAGAAUAGUGCAACUCCUCAAAUCACGGCUAUCUUCCGUACAAGCUGGCUCCUCGUAGCCCUGCAAGCCCUACGCUCCUCGGCUGCAACGCCCACACUACCAGAGGUCCUGGAGGUGGACCUGAUAUUCCCACGCAACGAUACCUUCGCCCCCACCGCACUGACGCCAGUUGUCUUCGCCGUGCAGAACUCCGAUCUCAUCUCAAUCCUCGACCUACAACUCUCAUGGAAUAUCAGGCCGAUCAGCAGCGAACGCUGGGGUGUCUCAGACGGUAUGAAACUGAACCUGGGCGAGACCUACAACGACACGUACUUCGUGCAUAGUUCCACCGAGCAGCUGAACAUGGAAGGUAUCUGGAGACUCAGUUGGACCCUAUCAUUUCUGAACUGCACCUCCGUAAAUGGCAGUGCUCAAAACUCCCGCUUCGGCAUAGGUGAUGAGCUUUACUUCAGCACCAGAAAUGACACCCAGGCGCAGGACCUUGCCGCCGCGACGGAAGAGGGCACUUGCGCUAAGCUGCCGUCGUCUACGUUGAAUGUUACGCGCUUGUUAGAUGCCUCGGGUGGAGAUUACCCUGAACGCUCCUCGUGUGCGGCUAUUCCUUCUUCAGCGCCUGAACCUAGUCCUUGUAAGGUUAAGAUGGAUUCGGCGGCUGCAUUGAGUCUGUCUGCGUCGAUUACGGCAACUGCAUGUGCCCGCACAGGUGCUAUGAUCAAAUGCUCGGGUGCAGCCUCUGGAGUACAAUCCUCGAUCUGGAAGGUGUGCGUGCCAGCUAUCUUAGGUUGGCUUGCCCAUAACCUUGUGUGA